AUGCCAUGGAUGAAUUAUUAUAUCAGCAAGGAAACGCAGCUAAACGGUGCUGUUAGAAAAGAGAGGUGUAGAAAAUAUGGGAAUUGGACAAAAGUAAGACAUGAGUUGGGGAAUCUGAAGCGAACUGCACACUUGUCUUUCAAACCUGGCCCUUCUUUCUCAGAGGAGGCAAAAAAAAGGGAAAAGAUUAGAAAAAUGAAGUGCGGUGAUGCAGUGAAAAAAGAAACGAUUUUUUAUGUCAAACUAACGAAAGAAGAAUUACUUAUUCGUUUGGCUUUAUGGGUGGGUAGACUACAGCUCGGGGGAUGUAAAAAUUUUAUAAUACAUAAAGAGUAA